GAAGAUGGUUCAAUCUGGAGAGCAAAGUCGUUUGGUGCUUCAGGGACCCAAGUUGGUGAAGUUGUAUUCAAUACAUCCUUGACCGGGUGGGAUGACUCAUAAUUUUGUAUUUCCCCCCAAUUUAUCUUAACAUGUCAACUGUCAUGUUGGAUUCUUUGUGUUUGUGGGACUUAACUGCUAUAUAACCUUGUCAAUUACUAUAGAAUCAACCUUUCAGUGUUCAGUAUAAGGAUUUGAAACCUUUGACUAUGGACCCUCUCUUUUGGGCUUGAGGCAGUAUAUUAACUAAAUAAGUGUUAGUUAGACUUCCUGAACUGUCUAAGUACAAUGUAGGAAAUUAUAUGAAACUUCGUACAGCUCCCACCUUUGUUCCAUUUGAGAGUGAUGUUAAUCAAACAUUGGUUAAAGGAAUCUGGUGCUUGAAGUAAUGGAAGUAGUUACCUCAUCUUUGGUUGCGCAUCAAUGUUCAAGAGUUGAUGAGCUCAGCAUGAUCAUACAAGUCUGAUAUAUGGGCAUUCUACAUGUUUACACAGAUGAUCAAGAAUCAAGGCAAUGUUUCCUUGCUGGUCUAGUGGUUAGAAGUUUAAGUAUCAGUACUUCAAAUUGGAGAUGUGCAGAAACACUUGGUGAUUAUUUAGCAGAAAGGAAUAUCAUGGGAAUUUAUGAUAUUGACACACGUGUUAUCACCCGAAGAUUAAGGCAAGAUGGAAGCCUUAUUGGUGUUUUGAGCACAGAAAGGACAAAAACAGAUGAAGAACUAUUGGAAAUGUCUCGUUCAUGGGACAUUGUUGGGGUUGAUUUAAUAAGUGGUGUGUCAUGUAAGGCCCCUCAUGAUUGGGUUGAUAAAACAAAUACAGAGUGGGAAUUUAACUCCAGUAAAAGAGGUGGAGAGGCAUUCCGUGUUAUAGCAUAUGAUUUUGGAAUCAAGCAUAAUAUACUCAAGCGCUUGGCUUCCUAUGGUUGUAAAAUUACUGUUGUGCCUUCAACAUGGCCCGCAUCAGAGACUCUUAAGAUGAAACCAGAUGGGGUCCUUUUCAGCAAUGGCCCUGGAGACCCAUCUGCUGUUCCUUAUGCUGUUGAAACAGUUAAGGAGAUCAUUGGAAAGGUUCCUGCUUUUGGAAUCUGCAUGGGUCAUCAGUUGCUUGGCUUGGCAUUAGGUGGUAAAACUUUUAAAAUGAAGUUUGGCCACCAUGGAGGAAAUCAUCCAGUCCGUAAUCUUUGUAGCGGACAUGUUGAGAUAAGCGCUCAGAAUCACAAUUAUGCAGUUGACUCUUCAUCACUUCCAGAGGGUGUAGAAGUAACUCAUGUCAAUCUUAACGAUGGAAGCUGUGCUGGUCUUGCCUAUCCUGCACAAAACAUCAUGUCUAUUCAGUACCACCCUGAAGCAUCUCCAGGACCCCAUGAUUCGGACUAUGCUUUUAGGGAAUUCAUACAGCUGAUGAAGAAAGUGAAAGUAAAUUCACGAGUGAUGGCUGCACUGAGCUUUAUUUGAUGGAUGGCAUGUCUAAGGCGGCGAGGGUUCAAUGGUGAUAUAUAAAUCCAGCGUCUCUCUUGUCUAUGGGAUUAACAUAUGCGUGCUGUUGCAGAAAACUAGUUAGGAGUCUUCUUCCCUUUUUUCAGUCAAAAUGUUGUCGGUGACUGAAAUUUUGAGAUGAAGUUUUAUAGAACAAUUAUUCUAUAUGCUUUGCAACCAUACAAAAUGGAUCAUAAUUGUGUGUGCUUCAGGAUCCAUGAAUAACACUGCAUUCUUGUUACUCUUGGA